AGCACUUUCAAUUUAUUUUUACUAUGAUAUUUACUAUUGGAAGGUAACUAGGCAACUUAGACGCUUAUCUCUGCUGGUGGUCGCGUGGGUCCGCCUCCUGGCCUACUUAAUAUGCACACAGUGACCUGAAAGGGUUUACCUGAAAUAUCAUUUACGACUCUAUUAUUUGCCAUUCAUCCUGGUUCAUGAGUAGAACAACGUAUUUGAAACUAUUGGUUGAAUUAAAUGCUUAUUGUUGAUUGCACUCAACUGACACGAACUUAUUCCUAUGUUGUAAUAUUUACAAUUAAUAUUUUUGUAACUGAGUUUUCGCACCUGUCCGGAAACAGAAGGUGUAUCACUGCCAUCUUGGAUUUUGCUCAGUUGAAGUGUGAAAACUGCUCCUAAGUACUGCCAAGUUUGUGCAAGUAGCAGGGCAUAUCACACCUUGAACUUUUGUACAGAGCAACUCGAAUGUUUCAUACACCUCUUGGCAAAGAUCAGAUGGUUAUGCAGUUUUAGGCCUGGAGAAAUCUUAGUUAGAAAUUGAGAAAGAAAUUCUCAGUUCUAAAUGUCUUAUAUGGAUGAUUACCCUAAAGAUCAAAGGCUAGAAAAAGUAAUACAGAAACUAGAGAGCAGUGUGCUUAAGAGCAGUGAAGAAUAUACCAUCAAGGGAGAGGACGAUCGCUCCUCAAAGGUGAGCGCCCGGAUACGGGAAAUCAUCACCAAAAAUUUAUCAACAGAAGAUUUAACACUACCAGAACCUGGCGCUAUGACAUCACCAUCUGCGGGACACUUGACGGAGGAGAAUCGCAUGCUCCAGAAUGAACUUAACAGAGUUGAAGAUCUCCUUGCAUCAAGCAGAGCUGAGCGUGAUGAAAUUGGGAUCAAAUAUAAUGCUCUAAGUGAAAGGUUGGAGACUGCGCUGAAGCUUGAAAGUGGCGAUAGAAGCAAUGACACCAGUAGCUCCGCUCUUCUGCAACAAAACAUAGAGUUGCGUCGCAAAGUUGAAGAUGAACACUCAAGUUACAAGCGUAAACUGCAAGCUUACCAAGAUGGCCAGCAGAGACAAGCUCAACUUGUGCAAAAGUUGCAGGCGAAGGUCCUCCAGUACAAGAAGAAAUGUGGAGAGCAAGAGACAGAGAUUGAUACUCUCAAAUCUGAGACCACAAAAUUAAAAAGAUCGCAAGACCAGAAUGGUUCCCAGACAAGCUUGAACAUGGACCUGGAGAAUGCAUUGAUUAAACUGGAGGAGGAACAGCAAAGGAGUGCCAGUCUGGCCCAUGUUAACUCUAUGUUACGUGAACAACUGGAUCAGGCUACUGCCGCCAACCAGUCCCUCACAGCUGACAUCCACAAGCUCACCCAGGAUUGGCAGUAUGCAAGGGAAGAAUUGGAGGCCAAGGAGGCUGAAUGGAGGGAUGAAGAACAGUCCUUCAAUGAAUACUUCAGUGCUGAGCAUGGCCGUCUGCUAUCUCUGUGGCGCGCUGUCGUUGCUUUCCGUCGCCAAUUUGGAGAGAUGAAGAGUGCAACCGAGCGUGACAUGGCUCACAUGCGUGCUGACUUCACACGUUGUUCCCGCAGCAUGCAUUCCGCCUGUCUCAACCUUGGUGCCAAUGCUCGCAACUCAGACACACAAUCUCAGGUAUCUCAAGAUCGUGAGCGUGGUGAGCGUAACAGCAUUGACAGCCAGCUUCGCGAGAAGGUACGAGAGGUGAUUGAACUGCAGGCCAAGUUUGAUGUACAAAGUGCUGAACUGAAUUCUAGAGUCAAUGAGCUGACCAUGAACAAUGAGAAGCUAAAGAUUCAGAUUGCAGAGAAAGACAAGUCCAUCUCCAACAUGCAGGCCAAUCUCAGCAAGCUUGAGGUGUCCAACAUUGAGAGAUCCCGCGAGAAUGCUAUUGAGGGUGAAUCUCUGCAGAACCUGCGUGAGGAGACCGACUCCAUGCACGCAGCACUCAGGGAUAUCGCUCAGGCUGUCAUUAUGGAUGCUGAUCAGUCAAUGCAGGAGGAGACAGAAGUGGGUGGUGGUGAUCUAUCAUUCCGAUCCACAUCCCCACUCCGCUCUACCUCCCCUCGUCCUAGAUCUCGCACUCGCUCUAUGUCUCCACGUCGCGCUCGCUCCCCAGCUUUUGCUGAUUCCACAUUCAGCGCUGUCCAGGCUGCAUUAAACAAACGCCAACUCCAAGUACAAGAGUUCAAGGCUAAGCUUAAUGCGACCAAAGACCAAAACAACAAACUCAAGAAAUCUCUAGAUGAUGUUGAGGCUGAACGUAGAACACUGGAGAGCACUGUGAUGGCCCACAGAGAGGAGUUGGAGUCGGCACGUCGUGAUAGAGAUGACUCAUUCCGCGACAGAGACCGCUACAAGAACAACCUCAACCUGACAUCUGGUGAGAAAUCCAAUCUAGAGAAGCUGAGAUCAACAAUGAAUGAGCGUAUUGAUCAGAUAAGUGGGGAGAACAGCAAGCUGCAGGCAGCUAAUGCUGAGCUCCAGAGACAGAGAGACAACUUGGAAGAUGAGAAGGAUGAUAUUAACAAGGAUAAGGACAGGCAGAUCAACGAAAACCAGAGAUGCCACAAGGUGAUUGAGCAGUUGGAAGGCAAGAACUCUACUCUGAAAGAAGAGCUGGUCUCUGCUAAGGAGGCUCUCAACAGAGCUCUGUUGGAGAAAGAGGUUCUUGAUCAUGAGAAGGGAGAGCUCAAUGAGGCCCUAUCCAGGAAUGAACUACAGAAGGCUGAGCUUGAACUUGAGAUCAACAAACUUAAGACUGAGGAGGCAAGUCUCAGGGAUGCACUGCUCAAGAUGCAGGCUCUCAAUGAGGGAUUGGGACAAGACAAAGUGGAGCUCAACAAGAUCAUCAUGGCUAUGGAGGCCGACAGAGCUUCUAUAUCCAAUGAGAAGCAGACAUUAGAGCUCGAGAAGUCUGGCCUGAAGGAGGAGAUCCUACGAGUUGAGACUGAAAAGAUGGACCUUGACACAGAGAAGGCUGGACUCAACCAGACUCUUGAGUAUGCAGAGAUGAGUCGCGAGAAACUUGAACAAGAAAUCAUGGAGAAUAACAGAGAACGUGCUGAAAUCCAGGAACAGCUUAGCACUGUUACAAGACAGAAGACUUCACUGGCUGAGGAACUGGUUCAGGCCCGUAAAGAAGUUGAACGCCAAAAUGAGACAGUUGUUCGUAUUGCUAAGGAGAAAGAAGAGCUCACCAAGGAUAAGGCUGAACUAGCUGUGCAACUGACAGCUUCUGAGCGUGAGAACCGUGUGCAGAGUGAGGUGAUCGCUGGACUUAAGAGUGAUAAGGACAGCUUAGAGACAGCUCUAUAUGAGUCUCAACAACUCACAGCACAGCUAGAGACCAGGAAAGAGCAGCUGGAGGGAGAGAACCAAGAGCUGAUCCUCAAGAAGGAGACACUCCAAGCUGAUAUUGUUCGUCUGCACAAAGAGAUGGAAGUCGAGGUAGAGAAACUAGAGCGACAAAAAGAAAGCAUCAGUCAGAAACUCUCUAAUACCGAGCAAGACCUUCAGAUGGCUCUCAAGCAAGAACAAACAUCUCAUGAGGAAGAUAUUGAACGUCUCUCCAGAGAAAAGGAGAGCCAGAGACUUGACAUGGAGGCCCAGCGUGAGGAGCUGAUCCACAACUACACAAUGGAGCGUGAUGAGAUUAUCGCCAAGGCCCAGAGAGAAAAGGAAGAACUGGACAAUGACAUCAUUAACCUCCAGCGUGAACGUGACGACUCUCUACUGCUGAUGGAGAAUGAGAAGCAACAGGCACUCUCAUUGGCUGAACAGGAACGCAGCACCUUACAAGAGAAAUUGGCUAACACUGCCUCUGAUCUAAACAACUCGAGGGUAGAAUAUGAAGGCCUCAAGCGUGAGAGUAACACCCGCACAGAACAAGAUCGAAGCACCAUCAACAAUGUACAAGCUGAGCUCAAGAAAUUCAGGACACAGUUUGAAGAGGCAACUGCUGCACAUGACAAUGAACUGAAAAACCUAAACAUCCAGAUCGUAGACCUGACACGCAGUCGUGACAGUGCCAACAUGGAAGUUGCUGAACUGAAAGUACAACUCAAAAUGGUGGAAGAAACAAGGGACUCCAUCCGUCGUGAUCUCAUUGAGGCAAAUCGCAAGAUCCGUGAGAGUGAUGAACACAAAGAACUGAUGCGUAAAGAGAUUAGCGAGUUGAAACGCAACCUGAAUGAUGAGAUUCGUGAAAAAGAUGCAUCACAGAAGACUGGAGAAGAGCUUAGGUCCAAGGUUAAGAAAACUGAGAGUGAGAAAGUUGAACUUAACAGAGUUAUCCAAGAUGCUAGACAGAGAAUUGCUAUCCUUGAAGAGCAGAAGACUGGUGUACAAAAGGAGGCCUCAGAUCUACGUGGAAGCCUCAGGGAAGUUGAGAAGGCACGUCUAGAUGCACGCCGCGAGCUUCAAGAAUUACGCCGUCAAGUCAAGAUGCUUGAUGGAGAGCGUAAUAAGCUUGGCAAAGAGGUUGAUGAUCUCCAGAACAGAGUCAGUAGAGAUGAAGAGAAGGAAGAGGAAGCAAGAAGAGAAUCAUUUGGCCUCAAACAGAGGGUUGUAGAGACUGAAGCCAGUAGAGAGGCACUCCGUAAAGAGCUGGCCAACUUACAGCGCAAGUUUGGUGAGUUUGAAGAUGAGGUCAGACUCAGGGAGAAGGACUUCACCAUGGCUCUUGAGGACAAAAUGCGCAAUGAACGCAAACUUGAGGACAAUAAGCGUAAUCUUGAGAUUGCACUGGACAAUGCUAAUACUGAACUAGCAGACUUGCGUCUGAAACUAAGUGGUGCUGAAGGCCGAAUUAACGGCCUGGAAGCCCAGCUUGCCAGAAUUGAGGGUGCCAAACGUGAUGUUGAAUUUAAACUUAACAGUAUUCACUCAAGCCUGCGGCGUACUAUUGGCUUCAGACAGGAUAUGCCAAGAGCUGCUAGUCCUCUGCGUACACGUAGCCCCAGUCCUAGGAGAUCAAGAUCUAGGCCCAGCUCACCAACUAAAGGUUUUGAAAAUACAUUCAGUACAACAACUGAUGGUCGUGGCAGCCCUAUUCCCCGCACUGGCUCUCCAGAUCGUGCACGAAGCCCCAUGCGUAGCAUGUCACCAUCCAGAACCAUGAACAACACACUCAAUGAAACAAGUUCCGAUUUCACCGACAUUGACCCAGAAUCUGUCCGUUUGGCCCUCCGUGACUUCGUCCAACAGCUUGCUGGUGCUGAACGUGAACGAGAUGACGCAGUCUCUCAGGCACGCAGCCUAACCAUGCAGCUUAGAGAGAUGGAGGAAGACAGAGACAGAACAGAAGGACGUCUACAAAACCUACAGAAAUCUCUGGGUGAGGUUGAGGAGGAUAAGCGUGGUAUUGAUGGAAGGCUGGCCAGUGCCCAGACUGCCCUCAUGCUCCAGGAAGAGACAAUCAGAAGGAACGAAAGGGAACGAAAGGGAAUGGCUGAUAAGAUCAGCACUCUAGAACGCAACAUUGCAACUCAGGACUCAGAAAAGAGACAGAUGGCUGAGAAGAUGUCGAAGCAAAAACAGAAUGAAGCCAGACUAGAGGAGGACAAGAAACAACUCCGCAUUGCUUUAGAAGAUGCUGAGAACAGAUGCACCAAACUUGAAUUAACCAGACGAUCGCUAGAAGGUGACAUGCAACGUAUGAAGCUGGUCCUGACAGACAAGGAGACAGAGAACCAGGUGUUGGCAGACAGAGUAGAUAACCUUGGCAAGCAGGUACAAGACUUAGAGGGCAAGAGCCAGUCUCUGCAACUGACCAUUGACAGACUCAGCCUGGCAUUGGCCAAGACUGAGGAGGAAGAAAGCCAACAGAAAGAUAAGGUACAAGCAUUAAACAUCUCACUGACUGACCAGAGUUCCACAAUCCAUGAGCUCCAGGAGCGUCAGCAACAGCUACAACGUGCACUUACAAGCAGUGAACAUGAUCGUAGAGUACUCACUGAGAGACUGGAUGCUGCAAGGCAAGCAUCCAACGAAGCUAAGAAACAGAACCAUAAUCUAAUGGAGCGUGUCCAAGCUAUGCAGAAUGAGCUCGGAGAUAGUGAAGUCAGGCGCAAUGAGCUAGAAGGCCAAGUCAGGCAGUCACACAGUGUGAUAGUACAGAGACAAGAGACUGAACAGGAAUUACAACAGAAGUUGAACAAAAUGCAAAGUAAGAACCAGUCCCUAACUGAACGCACAGCUGCUCUACAGAGGGCCCUGUCAGCGGCUGAGAAUGAAAAGCGUGAACUAGAACAUGGUAUUGUUCGAUUUGAGAAGGACAAGAGCGCUCUCAAGAAGACUUUGGAUAAGGUUGAGCGUGAAAAACUAAGAACUGAGGAGAUUGCCAGCCGCUCUGUCAUGGAGAAAUCAUCCUUGGAUACCAACCUGUCUCGCCUUGAGGAAGACAACAUGGAACUGCAGCGUAGACUACAAAGUCUAGAGGCACAACUAGCAGAGACUGAGCAACAACAUGCACAGAGACUCAUUGACUUGACCACACGUCACAGAACAGAGACUGAAAUGGAAACAGAGAGACUACGUACUGGUCAACUCCAAGCUGAGCGUACCUUAGAGGCUCGUGAACGUGCACACAGACAGAGAGUCAAAGGACUCGAAGAACAGAUCUCCACACUCAAAGACCAACUAAAUCAGGAGAUGCACAAACGUCAACAGUUUAUCUCCCGCAGCGGCAGGACUGGGGAAGAAAUCAAAAGCAUUCGUGGAGCCCUGGAUAUGUCCUUGGGCAAUGUCACCAGAGACCCAACUCUAGACCCCAUUUUGAUGGAACAUGAGACCCGUAAACUUGACGAUACAGUUGAUUUCCAUACCAGUAUUCGAACCUCUCCCAGUCGCUUGUCUCCCAGGCGUCGUUCCCCUACCCGCAGCUCCUCCCCAAUCAGAUUGUCUCGAGUGACCUCUACUCCAUCCAGAGGCAGCAUGGCCUCAUCAUUCCGACCCAGUCCUAGCCCAAUCAAGGGCCGCAAGAAGUAAUGAGGACAUCUAUUGACCAAGCAGCAUAAUUACACUGCCAUCUAUUCUCCUAGUGUCAAGAUAUGGACUAGUGUUAUAGAGAUUGUGGUGGAGUCCAUCAGAUAACCACACAUUGACCUAGGCUAUAUGAAAUAUCAUACUCAAUGUACUAUAUAGUAUUGUAAGAGGGGAUGAAGGAUGCGUAUGUAAAUUAUAUAUAGCAACAGAUAGAGAACUAGAUACAGGGUAGAAGGCUUCACUUCGCAUCCUUUAUCCUCACUGGAUUGUAAAUUAUUUAAAGAUAUGAUGUAUAUGAAUUGAUAUUUAAUAUCUACACAUUGGUUUAAGUAUCAGCCAGCACUGCCAUGGAUACAAGCUCAUCAUGGUUUCUAUGGAUACAAGCUCAGUGUACAACCACAGUCAAGUUGGCAAUUUUAUAUUUUAAAACUGUAAAUAUAAAUAUUGAAACAAGUCCGCCUCACAAAAACAUUAAUUGGUAAAAUACUUGUGCUUUAAAGCAUGAAAUACUCAGCCUUGAAAUGUGGUCUUGAUUGAAUGGCUAAAUUGUUCUUGUACCACUUUAAAAUGACAAUUUUGUCAUUCAGUCCCAGUCAUUGAAUGAAUUGAAAUGAAUUCUACCCCUGUGAGGACUCCUAUGCAAGUGGUUGUUACAGUCAGCAUUCCUUAUUUUACUACAGUGAAGAGAUCAUAGCAAACCUAUAACCCUGUUAGGAGGGUGAAUAUUGACCAUAUUGUUUAAUGGAGUCUGGCCCUCUGCCAAUGAAAUAAAUCUUUGAUUGUAUUUCCAGAUAAUAAUGUGUGCUAAAGAGAUCAAUAUAUAUCAAAAUGUAUACAUAUUUAAUAAGUAUAUUAUAUAUAAAUGAGUUUCACAAUAUUUUGUAACAAUUUGGCCAGCAUUGUAUCGCCACAGAAUUAUUUAGAAGUGUGAUCGUGAUUGGGUCAUGGAGCAUCUUGUCACAAAGUGUUAGAAUAUAAUUCUGAAAAAUUAUGUUUUUCACAGAAUUCACCAGGCCACAAAACAAUGCAUACCAAAGUGAUAGAUUUUUACAUAAGUUUGCUGAUAUUCUAACUCAUAUUUUACACGAAUCACUUGUACUCUAAAGUAACUGAUCUCAGAUAUAGAUAGUCUGAACUGUAUAUUUGAACACUGUAGUUUAGUUGCCAAUGCAAAACACUCCGUCCAUAAGGCCUUUUGCCUUGAAAUGUAAGCAUUGGUCGUAGCGAGUUUGAAUUUCAUUCUUUUAAACAUCAACCGUAAAUCUUUACACAGUCACUUUUUUAUCAACCUAACAAGUGUGUUAAAUUGACUUCAAUCAUGUACAUAACAAUUUAUUUAUAGAUUUUAUUCAUUAAAUUUUAUUCAGAAGGUUUCAUAAUGAAUUUAUUUGGUAUGACUGAUAUUUGUUAUGAUGGAUUCCAGUAUUGUUUGUUAAGCCACCAGGGCUGAGAUAUUGUAAUGGAAAUAUUGUAAUGGAAAUAUUGUAAUGGAGAUUACAAGCUUGCUUGCAUUGUAAGAAGGGAUAUCAAUUUAUUUAUAGUCAUUUUUUUCUUUAGUUUGUUAAUGCUGUUUUAUUGUUUACACCUCGUAGUGAUCAUGAAUGUAUAGUAGAUUUUGAAAUAAAUGU